AUGGGUGAGAACUUAAAGGAACAUAAUCUAGAUGAGGGCUUAAAUUUUGUUCCCAAGAUCAUUUCAGAUAUUCUUACCGAAGUUUCAUUGAUCGACGAUUUUUCCCAGAAAUUAUCAAAGCUGGAUUUUCAUGUUAACGCAUUGGAAGAAGAAUUGAAGAAGAUCGAUUCUUUCAGAAGUGAGCUUCCAAACUGCAUGCAUCUGUUAAAGGACGCAAUUGAGAGACUAAAGGAGGAGGAAUUGCAGUUAAAGGGUAAAGAAGUGAGGCCAGUGAUGGAACAAUUCAUGCCUUUAAAGAGUGAUUCUGAUGAAAAUGGAAGGGAAAAAAGAUCAGGAGAUUUCGCUGAUAAAAGAAAUUGGAUGAGUUCGGCUAAGCUGUGGAGCACCCCAGUGUUGUAUGAAAACAAUUUUGCUAGCAAAAAUCAAGGAUCUGGUCUGCUACUCAAUUCGAGGUAUCAAGAAGUGGGCAUUGGAAGUGAGUAUCAACAGCAGGCGUGUGAUUUUGGCAGCAGGGGAGAGGCAUUUGUUCCAUUCAAGAAACAAUCCGGAGGAAAUGUGAGUGCAAUGGGAUCCUGUUUGAGUCUGAAAGGCGAAUGCGGUAGCGGUAGAGUACAGCCGCAGGCGCCGCGAAAGCAUAGGCGACAUUGGUCCCUGGAACUGCACCAGAGAUUUGCCGAUGCACUCCAUCAACUUGGAGGAGCACAAGCAGCGACGCCAAAGCAGAUAAGAGAACUCAUGAAAGUGGAUGGCCUUACCAAUGAUGAAGUGAAAAGUCGUUUGCAGGCUGCCGAUAAAUUUUCUGCCGAAGGAGGGUCAAAACAAGACUUAAAAAGCCGAGGACUUUGCCUUGUGCCAAUGUCAAGCACGUUCCCAGGAAUAAAGAAUCGUAAAGUAGAAGCUACUUUCUGCCUUGACGCAAAAUACAGGCUUCAAUUACAAAAGCAUUCAAGUUCCUCAGCUGGUGUAUCAAGUAGCUCGUUAAACCACAGAGGGUCCUCGAUCUAUGGUGGUGAUAGCAUGGAGGAAGAGGAGGACAAGAAAUUGGAAAGUCAUUGCUAG